AUGACUUCCACUUCAAGAAGAAACAAACGCAUAAAAUAUUUUAGUCGUAAUCAGCAUCGUCAAAAGCAGCAGCAAUCGAAACAAAAUCAAAAUUUAGAUAACGCACUUGCUGAUGCAGUAAAUAAUAUGUAUAUUUCGCAAACAAAUUUUGUACCAAGAGAGUGGUAUGAAAAGUUGUGGAGGGAUUUUAAAGAUCUUGAUAGAGACUAUGGAAAUUUAAAUAUUAGGUUUAGAUUUGGAUUGAAAAAAAAGCUCUUAGAAUUUGGAAUAAAAACAAAAAGAAUGAUGUUUGAAUUGGGCAUCAGUACUCUCAAUAUUACCGAAAAAGAAAUAAUGAUGGAAAAUAAUGAACUUGGAGUGUUAAAAGUGAUCCUCAGUAACAAUGAUGCCAUAAAAGAAAACGAAGAUGAUGAUGUCUCAAAAGAUGAUGAUACAUCAUCAAAAUUAUCUAUAAAUCUGGAUAAUAAGAAACGACCAUUCUUGACAGAACAAAAUGUUAAAAUGGCGAAAAUUCUAUAUGUAUUAUUAGCAAAUAUAGAAAAACUUUCGGAUCAUCCUCCAAUGAUGAAUCCAUUCGAAAUCGAAAAGCAAGAAACGUAUAUUCAAUUAUUAUUAAGUAAACUUCUUGAAAAAAACACAAAAGAAGAAUUCGAAUCUGAAAUAGAAAACAAUAAAAUUUUUUUAAAAAUUGAGUAUACGAACGAAAAUGAAGAUGAAAUUGACGAAAGUGAUGUUAUUUCGGAGGUUGAGCUGUUAAAACUUGGUGAAUCGUCUUUUAGCCAAAUUAAAGAAGAAACCAUUAAAACCUUGGUUUCGCAAUUAGUAAUAGUUUACGAUAAAGUUCUCCAACAGCAUAUUGAUGUAGAAAUGAAAAGACGAAAAAGUUUCCGAGAUUACAUAAAUUUUCUAUCAAUUUAUCGAAAAAUAGAAAUAUAUUGCAAUUUAUAUAAGAUAAGAAUAAAAGGCCAGACGAUAAAAAAUCAAGUUAGCAAUAAAAUUGUUGAAUAUUCCCAACAAAAAAUUCAACAUAAUGAUUUAAAAAUCAUUAUCAAAGCAGCGAAAAGAAUAGAAAGACUAACAAAUCUUUCAAACGGUGAUUGGCGAGUAAUUGAUAUGGUUCCAAACCUAGAUAUUAAUUUUUUUAGAUCAACAUCAAUAAGUGUCAUCGCAUUUGAGUGUUGGUUGAAGAUUGUCGAAACGAAUCAAAUUCUUUCUGAAGAAGAUUGUCAUAAGAUAUAUUUGAAAAAAAAAGAUGAUGAUAAUAAAUUAAGAAAAGAUAAUAUUAAAAAAGUAUAUCAAUUAGUAAAUAAUGAUGAUGAAUUAAAUAAUGAUGAUGAAUUUUCAGGGAAUAUUCAAGAUGAUUCUUCCAACUCACCAAGAUACUAUCCGGAUGAUGUAGAAUUGGAAGACUCCCCAAGAUAUUAUCCGGAUGUUGAUGAUCCUAUGGAUGAGGAUGAACAAAAGGAUGACGAAAGGGCGAUCAAGGAUGAAAUAAUGAUAAAAGGAACGAUCAAGGACGAAAAGGGAACAAAAGAAACGAUAAAGGAAACGAAAAAAAAGAUUAAGGACGAAAUAAUGAUGAAAGGAGCGAUCAAGGAUGAAAGAGAAGCGAAAGAUACGGAUAAAGAAUGA